AUGCUGAUGAUCGUCAGAUCUCUCGACUUGAUGGCCGAGGUUAUUGAGAAUGCCGGCGGAACGAUAUUCUGUGCCGGCCAUCUCAUGCCUCAUGCUGAAGUUGCCGAGAUGGUUUCUGCCUUUCGCAUCAAUGUCAUCACAGCUGAUUCCGGCCAGAUUCUCCAAUUUGCCUUGUAUGUUGCUUCCUUGCCAGAGGCGCAGCGAAAAGAAAUCCGCAUCACUAAAGUCGUCUACACGUCUGAACCAUUGAUGCGAGCGCAACGAGAGCAUGUCAGAUCGGUUUUCGGUGAUGUGUUGAUCUGCUCCGCAUUCGCAAGUGCCGAGUCUGGUCCAUGGGCCGUGAUGAACCAUGCCGUGACGAAUCAUGAAGAUGACGACUCGGCCGAUUUCAUUUUCGAUACCCGGACUAUCAUCAUUGAAGUACUGUCCCAAACAGUCACUGAACCAGGCAACAUCGACUCGCAUGGGGAUAUCAAACCUCUUGCAGAUGGUGAAAAGGGUGUCAUCGCAGCUACAUCUCUUCAGCGUUUGCGAAAUCCCCUCAUCCGAUAUCUGUCAGGAGACAUCGGUUCACUACAUCCCCUGCCUGAGAACGACAUCAUUGACCCUGAGGAGUCACAGCACUUGAAGGUCCUUCGGCUUUACGGGCGUGAUCAACGCUUCAGCUUCAGCUGGCAAGGCGAAUACUUCAACUUCAACACUCUCCUCCGCUUGAUGCAAACAGACGAAUUCUCUCUAUUGCAAUGGCAGCUCAUUCUUACUGAAUGCUCCACUUCUAUUCAUAACCUAGAAAUUCGUGUUCUCAGGGGACAAUCUGGAAGUCACACGAUAUCUGACGAGGAACUUGUUCAGGAGUUGACGAAGUUCUUCUGUGUCUACCCUGCUAUAGAAGCCUAUUUCCAGGUUGUAUUCGUUUCGAGCUUCCAAGACUUUGAGCGCAGCAAGACUGGUAAUAAGGUGAUGCGCUUUGUGAAUAUUCGAAGACCUUUGAGGUAA